AUGGAUAAUAUUAUAAACGAUAUUAUUAUGGGUAAAGCCCGUACUGCCGGAGAUGGUAUGGAGUCGGAAGAAAAAGUGUCAGAGACUGUAAUGAAUAAGGUAAUUUCCACUGCGCCCAAGAGAAAAGAUUCAUUGCUAAGAGGUCGUCUGAUUCAAGUCCAUGCUACAAAAACAGUUAAAACUGAAAAGAAAAAUCCUCAUAUAUACUCGAAAACAACUAAAUUUGUUCCUUACGAACCCUAUCCAGCCGCUGUUAAACCAAUCAACCCAAAGACUGUAUUAAAAAGUGCUAAAAAGUCUAAAAAUCAUAUGGACCUCAAUACUCUUGUGACUCAAAUGUCACAAAUGAAUACUAACCUAAAUGAGUUCAAGCCUAGAGUAAAACACACAUCUGGCAGUGAUAAAGCAGCAGAGGAAUGCAGGCCAACUUAUACUGAUGAAAUGCAAAAAAAGAUUGAUGAUUUGACUAAGGAUAAUGACAGUUUGAAUGAACAAUUAAAGCAACAAGUGCAGGUUAACAAGGAAUUAAAAACUAUGCUUGUUGCGUCUAUGGGUGAAGAUCUGGAGACUCAGGUGCAAUCAUUAACUGAAGAUAAGAAACAUUUAGCUGAUGCAUUACUAAAUUCUGCUCAGCACCUGUCUACACAUCAGGAGCAAACCGAAUGGCUUGCUGGUCAAUGUGAAGUAUGGAGAAGCAAAUUUCUGGCAAGCAGCUUACUUAUUGAAGAACUAGCCGACUGCAAAAAACUACUAACAGAAAAGACUGUGAACUUACAGCAAGCGAUUACGCAAUUACUGGACGAACGCUGCAGAGUUAGAGACAUGAUGUUAUGUACAUACAAAAAUCUAUACAGCCUACAUGAGAGAUGGCUUGAAAAUGUCGCGGUUUCUGAAUACAGCAGCAAGCUUUGUAACCGGCCGAUUGGAAAUCUCAACUUCAGUGCAACAUUGCCACAUUCAACUAAUGUUCUGGACGUUGCCUCUGUUAAUAUGAAGUUGUCGGAAAAUAUAAGCAGUGAGGUGCAGAAACAAAAUAUAGCACAUUUGGACAAUUUGGCAACUGUUACCGAUGGAGAGAGGUUUGCAGAAGAGGCUAUGGCGAUGCCUGUAGAUGUGAGAAGACUAAACGAGGAACCAGUGAAUGCCCUGGUGCAACAUGCGUACUCGAACAGUGGACACAUAGCACCGCCAGUAGCUUCGUGCGUCCAUUGCAAUGGGAAAGUGCAAUUACUGUAA